AUGGGGGAAGGACAAGCAGUGGUCUCAGCCUUCAUCCAGGGUCUCUGCAAAAGUUUACAUACUUCUGUAGCUACAAGUGAGCUUUCAUUGGCUGUCAAGAAGGAGCUUGGGAAUCUCUUGCAGGCAUUUCUUGCAAUUGAACUAACUGUUCUUGAAGCUGCCGAGGAGAAGCUGAAUAAUAGCAAAGUGCUCAUAACUUGGCUCCGUGAUCUCAAAGAAGCUGCUUAUGAUGCUGAUGACGUUCUUGAGAGGUUGGCUCUCACAGAUCCGGAAGUCAAUGAUAUGAAGGUCAUGGUUCAACCCAGUUGUCUCAUCCUCUCAUGUACUUCCAGUUUACAGCACCCUGCUCAAAAGAUGGUAGGCAUGAUCAAAGCUAUUCGAACGAGAGUGGAAAAAUUAGUGAAGAAGCAGCCAAAGAGGCUUGAUCUUCAAUUACCAUCAAGCAGGUUGACUGGAAACACAGAGAUCACAUCAUACCAUCCCAAAGCAGAUGAAGAUACAGAGAAGAUGAUCCAGCUAUUGACAUCUGAAGAAUCUUCUUCACAUCCGGGCCUUUCCAUCAUUGCUAUCGUUGGCCGGGGAGGUGUCGGGAAGACGACACUGGCACGAAUUGUCUUUGAUGAGCAUAGAGUUGCCAGCCAUUUCCAGCUUAAAGUGUGGGUCACUGCAUCUGAAAUGUAUGAUGCUGGGAGGCUGUUAAGAUCAAUUGGGGAGUCUGCUGCUGGAUAUCCUUUUCCAGAUAGCUUCACCCUGGAAGAAAUUGUUAACAAUCUGAAGAAUAGAUUAGUGGGAAAGCGAUACCUGCUUAUUCUUGAUGAUGUCCGGAAUGAAAUACUCGGCUGGGAGAUACUGCAGGAGAAAUUGGAGGAUGGACUAAGUGGAAGCAAGAUUGUUAUCACGACUGAGAAUGAAGAGAUUGCUAAGAAGAUGAGAUUGCCAUUCUUGUUGUAUCAUCUGCAAGGUUUGUCUCAUGAAGAUUCCUGGUCUUUGUUCAAAGAAUGCGCAUUAUCGCUUGAUCAGGAGGCAUGCCAGAAUAGCAGAGAAACUUGA